AGAAGAAUACAAAAUAGUUGAAAGGAAAGCUUAAAAUUAAGAAGAAAAAAUGGCGUGGAGAGCAAAUCUAUCUCGUAAUCUGAAGGAGCUUCGUGUUCUUUUUUCUCCGUCGUCUGUUGAAAGCGCUGCAACUAGGUCGUUUAUUGAGAAGAAUUACACAGAUCUCAAGACUCAUAACCCCAAAUUGCCUAUUUUGAUUCGUGAGGCUACUUCCAUCCAGCCCCAGCUUUGGGCCAGAUAUGACCUCGGAGUUGAAAGGGGCAUCCAACUGGAGGGCUUGACAGAGGAGCAGAUCUCCAAGGCACUUGAAGACCUCGUGAAAGUAGGGGCAUCACUUAAAUCGUGAUGACAUAAAAUUUGUACAACAGUCUUGAGUAUCCUCAACAUAGUGCUUUCAAAAUAAUCUUAGUCCACUCCAUUAUUAUGAGUUAACUAUAAUAUGCAUUAACAUUUACCAAGUUGGUCAUCAUUGCUGUCCAAACUCCAAAACCCAUAAUAUGCAUAAACAUGCAACAUCAGAUAUUUGGAUUUUGUUUACUGUGGUUUCACUAUUUGGAAAACGAAGUGUUUGAUGUUCUCUGCCUUUUAGCAUCAUUUCUUGUGUUGUUGUGCAUUUGAUCCAAUGAGAUUGAGAUUCCAUCA